UACUUCAUAUUCCUUGCUUUCCUUCUCUUCUGUUUCAUGGUAGUCAAAAUUCUCAAAAGACCCUCUGGGAAAAAUUCAAGAUUGAAUCUUCCGCCCGGGCCUAAUCCACUGCCUAUCAUAGGAAACAUACAUGAACUUUUUGGCUCCCCAAACCCAUUGUAUCACUUGCUGAGAGACUUGGCAAAAGAAUAUGGCCCAUUGAUGCACCUGAAGCUUGGUGAGACGUCAAACAUCAUUGUCACUUCAGCCGAGAUGGCCAGAGAGAUUUAUAAAACACAUGAUAUCACAUUUGCUUCAAGACCCUCUCAUCAUCCCGCAUUCAAGAUUGUUUCUUAUAAUUUCGCUGAUAUCAUGUUCUCCCCCUAUGGAAAAUAUUGGAGAGAAUUACGAAAAAUCUGCAACAUGGAACUUCUUAGUGCAAAAUCCGUGCAAUCUUUCCGAUCAAUUAGAGAAGAUGAGGUGUUCAAUGUAAUUAAAUCGAUUUCUUCACAAAAGGGAUCAAUUAUGAAUCUAACCAGAAGCAUUUUCUCUCUCACUUAUAGCAUCACCAGCCGCUCAGCAUUUGGCAAAAGAAACGAAGACACAGAAGAAUUUAUACAACUUCUAGAUGAAACCAAUGGUUUAGCAACAGGGUUUAGCUUAGCUGAUAUGUAUCCUUCUGUUAAGUUGUUUCAAGUGAUGGCUCCGAUGAGAUUUAAGUUGGAGAAAGCACACAAGGAGAGUGACAAAAUACUUGAAAAUAUUCUCAAUGAGCAUAAAAGGAACAGCAAAGAGGCAAUACAGGGGGGUGGAGAAUGCAAGGAGGAUCUCGUUGAUGUUCUUGUCAAUAUUCAGAAACGCGGGGACUUUGAACCUCAGCUAACUGAUACAAACAUCAAAGCGAUCAUGUUGGACAUUUUCUCUGCUGGAAGUGAGGCAUCAGCAGCAACCAUCGAAUGGGCGAUUUCUGAAAUGAUUCGAAACCCACAAAUAAUGAAAAGGGCACAAGAUGAGGUAAGAAAUCACUUUGAUAACAAAGGAAAUGUUGAUGAAUCACGCCUUCAUGAGCUCAAAUACUUGCAUGCAAUCAUUAAGGAGACCUUGAGGCUACAACCAAGUGUUCCACUCUUAUUGCCAAGAGAAUGUGCUGAACAAUGCGACAUCAAUGGUUUUCAAGUGCCAGCGAAGGCAAGAAUCAUCGUUAAUGCAUGGGCAAUUGGCAGAGAUCCCAAUUACUGGAGUGAAGCUGAGAAAUUUAACCCUUCACGAUUUCUUGAUUCGAAAAUUGAUUUUAAAGGGGAUGAUUAUGAAUACAUCCCAUUCGGAGCUGGAAGAAGGAUUUGCCCAGGCAUAUCAUUUUCUCAGGCAUCUAUUGAGCUGACACUUGCACAAUUAUUAUUCCAUUUUGAUUGGAAGCUCCCUGGUGAUCUAAAACAAGAGGAAUUAAACAUGGCUGCAAGAUUUGGCGUGACAAUGAGGCGGAAAAAUGAUCUGCUUUUGAUUCCAAUUCCUUACAGUCGUUCUUGCUUGAGGAUGAACAAUUUCAACCUGUAG